AUGAAUCUACUCACUCGGGCCCUGGCAUCCCUGCCCACCGGAGCCAACGACACGGACGUGCUCAUCAACACGGUGCACUUCGACCGCGACGCUCUAAACCUAUACAACUACACGCUCUACACCAACGGCACCCUCUCCAACGGCACAGAAUGCUACCUGAUCUUCGACCAAUUCAAGCCCCAUCUCUUCGCCGAGAACGGUACCGUCGUCAACGGCACUUCAUGCUAUGCGCCUGUCAACCAGAUCGGUCAGCGUGCGUCCAUCGGCAUGGCGUUCGCCUUGAUGUUUGCUCUCUCGAUCUUUUUCACGCUGAUUAAUAUGCGCAAGCACGGUCGGCGAUACCUGCCUGUUGAUCCUCGCUGGCGCGUCCUGGGUCGGAAGAUGAAGUGGUGUUGGCUGUUGGUUGUAGCUGUGUGUGGCACGAUCAGCUGCUUUAUGAGUAUUGAUGUCGAUCGGAGUUAUUUGCAGAGUGCGCCGUUGGUUAUUCAGAGCGUUUUUUAUAUGAUGAUUAUGCCGGCGUUGAUGGCGGCUGUAUGGGAGGCCGUGAGACAAUGGUGA